GCUCCGCCUUUUCCGAGCCGGGUCACGGCCUGGGUGCCGCGAGCCGGGACACCCAGCGUGCGGGGCUCUCAGCGGGUCGGCGGUCCUCCGCCCGGCGCCAUGUCCCGGAACCUGCGCACCGCGCUCAUCUUCGGCGGCUUCAUCUCCCUCAUCGGCGCCGCCUUUUACCCUAUCUACUUCCGGCCCUUAAUACGGCUGGAGGAGUACCAGAAAGAGCAAGCCAUAAAUCGAGCUGGUAUCGUUCAAGAAGAUGUACAACCACCAGGGUUAAAAGUGUGGUCUGAUCCAUUUGGCAGGAAAUGAGAAGGCUCUCAGCACCUCAAUUAUGAAAGACGUCUUCUUGCUUUCGGUUCUGCAGCAAGUACAAUAAAUGGCCUCGCGACAGAACAAUGGCCAGAGAAGAAAAGUCUGUAAAGCUGAGAGUAAGAGCACUGUGCACGAGGAUUAAUAUUUCCCUUCUUAAGUACCAAAAGAACCCUGGAGCAAAUCACACCAUUAGGGAGGUUUUCAUGAUUCGCUUUACUUUCUAAAAAUGAAGCUGUCUCACCCAGCUGUGUUUGGAGGAGUUCUACUUGUUAUUCAGUCUCUGCUGCUUUGUCAGCCGCGCUGUGAUGUGAAUGCAAGCAGCCGCGACACUGGGGAAGGUCCCAGUCUGCUUUGCCGUCUCCCGGAUAGGAAAUGUCGGUGAAAAACCACCGUGCCGAGCAGCCGCAUAGGGCUCUUUGAAAACGGUCAAGUUGACAAAACUCUUUGAGGACAAGGUACAACGAGCUAACCCAUCUCAUCGAAGCUUGCCGCGUGUUGGAAAAUAAACACGGGGCUACACUGGUAAAGCAGGCAGAGUAGAAAUCGUUGAGUUAACAGAAGUGAGAAUGUGCACAUUAAAAUGAUCUACUUUUAAUUCACA